ACCCUGCUCUGGGCAGAGGACCUCUCUGCAGCUCUUGAAGUCUCUCCUGCUCCACCACAAACAGCAUCUCACCAGCUGGGGAAGCGCUGGAUUGCCUGGGGGGGACUGCAGAAGGUUGGGUGCACAGAUGAAUAAAAAUUCUUCCAACAUAAUGGCUUUGGCCUCUAACGUUUCUAACAAAAGAGAGGCAGUGUGCAUAUUUGGAACUGGAGAUUUUGGAAGAGCUCUGGGGCAUAAAUUGGUUCAGUCCGGCUACCCUGUGGUGUUCGGAAGCCGGAGCACACAGACAUCCAGCCUGAUCCCUAAGGAUGCGGAGGUGUUGAGCCACGCGGAGGCGGCGCAGAAAGCCGCCAUCAUCAUCAUCGCAAUCCAGAGGCAACAUUACAGCUUCCUUGCACCACUAGCAGAAAUCCUCCGUGGAAAAGUCCUGGUGGACAUAAGCAACAACGUAAAAAUAAACCAGUAUCCUGAGUCCAACGCGGAGUACCUCGCCCAGCUGGUGCCUGGCGCAAAGGUUGUGAAAGCCUUCAACACCGUGUCAGCCUGGGCCCUGCAGUCGGGCACGCUGGAUGCCAGCCGGCAGGUGUUUGUCUGUGGCGAUGACAUGGAAGCUAAACAAAUGGUGAUGGAUAUUGUUCGUGCCCUGGGUCUCACUCCAUUAGAUCAGGGAUCCCUCUUGGCUGCUCAGGAAAUAGAAAAUUACCCUCUGCAGCUCUUUCCAAUGUGGAAGUUUCCCAUCCUUUUGUCCCUUGGCCUAACCGCAUUCUUCUUCUUCUACUGUUUGAUUCGCGAUGUAAUUUACCCUUAUGUUUGUGAAAACAAAGACUUGUCAUUUUUUAUUGCAAUUUCCAUUCCAAAUCGGAUCUGCCCUAUAUUGGCACUCAUCCUUCUUGCCUUGGUUUAUCUUCCCGGUGUAUUUGCUGCAAUUAUUCAGUUAUAUCGAGGUACCAAAUACAGCCGUUUCCCAGACUGGCUGGACAAAUGGAUGCUCUGUAGGAAACAACUUGGACUAGUAGCCUUGGCAUUUGCUUCUCUGCACGUUUUGUACACUCUUGUUAUCCCAACUCGAUCCUUCGUAAGAUGGAGAAUCAGCAGUCAAACCGUCUCCCAGGCACUGAACAAUAAAACAGAACCACUCAACACCACUAAUGCCUGGCUUAGUGACUCUUAUUUGGCUUUGGGAAUUUUAGGAUUUUUUUUCUUUGUUCUUCUGGGAAUAACUUCCUUGCCUUCAGUCAGCAACAACGUCAACUGGAGAGAAUUUCGAUUUGUACAGUCCAAACUGGGGUACCUGACGCUGGUUUUGUGCACUGCCCACACCCUGGUUUAUGGUGGAAAGUGGUUCCUGAGCCCAUCAUCGUACAGAUGGUAUCUUCCAAGUGCCUACAUGCUCUCCCUCGUUGUUCCGUGCGUUGUACUGGUGGCCAAAUUUGUGCUGAUCUUCCCUUGCCUAGACAAACCUCUCACACGGAUUCGCCAGGGCUGGGAGAGAAACCCCCGCUACUCGGAACCGUCAAAUUACGUCAUCAACAAGUCUGCUGUAUAAUUAGACUAGCCUGUAAUACCAAAAAUAAGAAAAAAAAAAAAAAAUAUUAUGAAGGCAUAUCAAAGUGAAGUCCUGAGGCUCCUUUACCUGCAGAGUGAGAGAAAAAGUGAAAAACUUGGCCAGGCCCUGAGUGAAAUAAAGCCACCCCGAUGACAAGCUUAAAAUGGAAAUCAGGUGGGGCCAGUGAGUUCCUGCAGCCUAGGCAUGCUCUCACACAGGUGCAGGCUCUCUCUUUUAUUCUGUAAUUUCCCCCUUCACCCUCCAUUCCUAAGAAGGGUCUGAGAGAAGUAAGUGGUGCUCCACAUCCCUCCUCUGUCUUUCCAAACCUCCUCCAGGGCUGGACAGAACCAGCGUAACCUUUGGUGUUAGAUGGCAUCUGCUCCUCUUCCCUAUCCUGCCCAUUGAGACUCAGGUCUACGUGCACUCACACGCACCCACCCAGAUCCACGUGCACAAAGACACAGGAUGGAUGCUGGCUGAGGAAGAGCUCUCUUCCUUCCAGCAUUAGUUUAUCCUCCAUUAUCACCUGAUCCAAAAGAGACCUAUGUUCAUACCUUAGUGACAGCUGAGCAAGAUUUGUUUGGUUUCUGCACAGGAACUUUAACACUCAAAGUGUAUGGGCCAAGGAUUACUGAAUCCUUGCUUGUCCUGCUCUACCAGAAACUCAGGUAGCAAGAAGAUGGAGGAGAGACCAAACUGCCAGAAAGACGUGAGAUGUGCUCACAAGCCUAAGCUUCGCUACAGGCACAGGCAAAAAAUGGCCAGUGAUUUCUUGUGCAAGCAGUGAGUUGUAAGGAAAGAAACUGAAGGAAAAUCAUAUUAUAUCAGAGGGUUGUAUUAUACAUCAUGGUUAUAUCUCAUGAAGAGAAUAUUGUUGAUUUUUCAGAAAUUAAAUAUUUAGAUGCAAGAUUACAGAUGUUCUAUGAAAACAUACAUAUUUUAACCACAAUAAAGAUUUUUUUUUUUA